AUGUAUGAAACACAGAAUAUACAACUCACAGAGGUUUCCUCAGUAGAUCCACAAACAGAUCACAAUCAUCCGUUGCAUCUACAAGCUUCAGAUGUUCCUGAAGUGGCUUUAUUACCGAUGAAGCUCACAGGCCCUGAGAAUUAUGGUUUGUGGAGCAGGUCGAUGCGUAUCACACUGUUAGUAAAAAGCAAACUUGAAUUUGUGGAUGACACAUGCGUAAAAAAUUCAGACAAAGUAGUUAUGUUAAGCAAAUGGGAAAGAUGUGAUGCUGUAGUUUUAUCACGGAUUAGUGCAACUGUGGCACCAGAACUGAUGACUAGUAUCCUCUAUGCUUCGAGUUCAAAGGGGAUUUGGCAAGAUUUCAAGGAGAGGUUUAAUAAGUCGAAUUUAAGAAGGAUUUUUUACCUAUGGAAAGAGAUAAGUGUAUUAACACAAGGCACUGACUCUGUAACAAGCUAUUAUUUGAAGAUGUGA